GCUCGUCUACGUGUACCUUGCGUAAAUGAAACCGCGACUAAGUUCAGAGUAGUUAAUUUAUCAAUGGAUUAGGCAAGAGGACGAAAACUGAUUACUUCACGUCAACUUAGAAAAGAUAAAAGAGGUUGGUUACGUCAAAGAGACCAAUUUCAGGUUAUUUCUCAUCAAUUUUGUGCCUAUUAAAUUGAUCAGUUAACGUCGACAUUGAUCGUCGCAACAUAAUGCUAGGAAAUAAUGCAACCUAAACUUAUAACUUGAUAUGAAUUUAAAUAUUUUUAAUCAAUGAGGUCGGAUUAAUGUAUACGUUGAGUGCUGACAUAUCGGUCAGCUGAUCUCUGUUUUCGACAUUCGAGUACACAGACAUAAAAUCUACAAUAAUAUCUCAAGAUGUCAUUCGAAGGAAAAUAUAAUGUCAAGAGUCCAGCUGUCAAGAGGUUGAUGCGCGAAGCGCAAGAGCUACACGAAGCAACGGAAGAAUACUGUGCACAUCCUUUGGAUGACAACCUCUUCGAAUGGCAUUUCACAGUGCAUGGGCCACCAUCCACAGAUUUUGAGGGUGGUGUAUAUCAUGGUAGAAUUUUACUACCUCCUGAGUAUCCUAUGAAACCACCCAACAUCAUAUUGCUAACUCCCAACGGCCGAUUUGAAGUAAACAAAAAAAUAUGUCUGAGUAUCUCUGGACAUCAUCCCGAAACGUGGCAGCCCUCCUGGAGUAUAAGGACCGCACUGUUAGCAUUAAUUGCAUUUAUGCCAACACCGGGAAACGGCACUAUAGGAUCACUUGACUACACCACGGAGGAGCGUCAAAAACUUGCUAAGAAAUCUUUGAGUUGGCAGUGCGACAGCUGUGGUAAGAUUGCUGAUUUAUUAUCUAAGGAUACAGCUAAAACACCGAUCACUGAAGAAGAACAGCAUAUGUUGGACACAAUCGCAUUGAAGGCAGAAGAAGCUUCAACGAACGAGCCUUCAUUUUCAUCUGGUAUAGAAAAUGUGCCUGAAAGUGAAUUGAGACAGCGACGCAUGGAUUCGCAACCAGAAACUCAUGAGCAGCAGGAAGUUGAAAUAAUCGUUAAUCCUCAGGUUGAAACCAUGUCAUCUUCGAAUGAUUUAUUUUGGAGUAUUCUUAUUGCUACGCUCUUGUUUGCAAUAAUUUUACUUGUUUUAAGACGACUGUUUCUGGUUUGAAUUCACUCCCGAAUUCCAUAUGAUGAAUGUUAUGAUAAUGAGUAUAUGUUAACGAGUAUGAAGUAAAUUUUAUACACAUUUUAUGAAUAGCAUUUCUAAGCUUAGUCUAAACAAAAAAAUGUAAAAUUCAAUACUUAAUCUAAUACAGAAGCUAUUUUUUGCUUACUCAUAGUUGCACACCAACUAUUUUAUUUCAGGAUUUGCAAGCACAAGUUUUUUUACUUCAAAUAAUUACGAUGCAUGAAUUAUUCAUAUUAAUAGACAGAAAUUAAUAUAAAUUCAACUCGAUUCCCUACUCAAGGAUGACAGUAAAGAGUAUCUAAGGUAUCAUAGGUAUACUAACUAAAAUUGACUGCCUUAAUAUUCCACUACAGAUGCAGUCAUCAUGCCGUUACCAGACUUCAAUUUUAUUGGAGUGAGUUUCUAAUCAACUCGAACAGAUUUACAAUCAUGCCAUUUGAAACUACACACCAAAUAGUUUUUAGGGUUCAGUCAAUAUCUAUGUUCAGAUUGGUUUUCCGUAUUUCAACAGAAAAUAAGUAACCUGCAGACCUUACAGCUUGUGUAUGUAAAUGAAUGAAUGAUAUAUUGAUAUUAGAAAUGAUUUAUGUCAAUACACGCAUAAGCUUGUGAAUAACUCGGUUUCAUUAGGUUUAAGAAAUUGAGUCCAUUUUAAUUUUGCAUUGCUAAGCCUGGCGUGGUAACAAGAGUCUGUUAAGUGCACCAACUCUCUGUCAACAUAUCUUGCAUCAAAUCAAACAGAUAAAACGAAUUUUGUAAGAAUGGUAGGCUCGAAAUUUAAGAUUCUCGGCUGCACUUUCCCAGUCUUCACCUGCUUGCCACUUCCAGCUUUGAUUUUCAAGAAAUACAUGAACAUGUACUAUAAUUAAUUAUUAUAAUAUUGCAAAAUAUAUAUUUAUUAGGUAUUGAUAAUAAAUCAAUGAAAAUUAUGAGAAAACUGUCAAUGUAAUUGAUGAUUCCGUGCAAUUGUAUAUUGUCAGUAAAAAAAGUUAUU